AUGUCUUUAGACAUCUUGGACAAGCAGCUAUCGGAGCUAAAUGUGGACGAAACCUCUUCAAAGGUGUUGCAUCAAAAGCAACUAGCUGGAGAAAGGUUGAAAAAAGCUAAAACAAAGAGAGAUGACGAGAUUCAAGCAUUAAAAGACGAGCAGGAGUUGAAUAUAAAAAAAGGUGAAUUGAUUCAACUUCACGCCGCGCUUGUGGAUGAAUGCAGGCAGUAUAUCCGGAAAUACUUGGACCAGCUGAUGGAUUGGACCAACAUUGAGUUGGCCGUUAAGUUGGAGAAGAAGCGCAAGCAUGGCGUGGCUAAGCAUGUCGAUCUACCAUUGCAUUUGAAGGAUAAUCUGAUCCAGAUUAGAUUGCAAGACCCUGACGCAAAGGAAGUGGACGAAAGUGACUCUGAAAGCGAUGAAUCUGAAUCUGAUACUGUAUCUGAUUCUGAACUCGAGUCUGAGUCUGAGUCUGAACCUGAAUCUGAAUCUUCCGAUUCGGAAAGCGACAACGAAGAUGCAAACGGAAAUGAAAUCGGAAACGGAAAAGAAGAGGAUGACUCGGCAUUGAAGUCGAAAACCAAGUCAAAAUCAAAGUCAAAAUCAAAGUCACCAUCGAAGCCAAUACCAAAGACAAAGACAAAGAACAAGACGAAGCGGGAGUCAGCAAAAGGAGUUCCAGUCAUGAUCGACAUAACGCAAAGCUCUUUUGCAAAUGCUAGAAACUACUUUGAUUCCAAAAAGGCCGCAGAGUCGCUCCAGUUAAAAGUUCAAAAGGGAGCUGAGGCGGCAUACCGCAAAGCAGAAAAGAAGAUUAGCGAAGAGUUGGUUAAAAACAUCAAGCGAGAGAAUGGACUUUCUUCUAGCAAAGAAGCCAGGACGAAAUUCUGGUUUGAAAAAUUUUAUUGGUUCACUUCCAGCGAAGGUUAUCUCUGUUUGGCGGGUACAGAUAAGAAGCAGACAGAUAUGAUCUACUUCAAGUACUUUGGCGACGAUGACUUUUUUGUGAGUUCGGAGAUGGAAGGAUCUUUAAAAGUGUUUAUUAAGAACCCUAUCAAGGGUGAAUCGAUUCCGCCUUCGACAAUCUUGCAAGCUGGCAUUUUUGCAAUGUGUGCAUCGCAAGCAUGGAAUGGGAAAGUCAAUACUGCCGCUUGGGUUUUGCAUGCUACAGAGAUUACCAAGUAUGACUCUGCUUCGGGCAAUCUUCUCCCCGCGGGCUCAUUUGAGUAUCUAGCAAAGAAGAAAUUCUUGCCUCCAGCUCAACUAGUCAUGGGCUUUGGGUUUUACUGCCAAGUUGAUCCCGAAUCGAAGCAAAGACAUGCUAGCCAGAGAACCGAGAGGGAAAGAGAGCAUGGACUCGUGUACUCGUUGAGCAAUGGCAAAAAAGCAUUGGAGAAUUUGAACGUGACCAAUGUCAAGGAAAACAAGGAACUAAAUAAAGAAAACAAAACACCUUCAUGUGAUGCAACUGGAGUUGAAGGAGAAGGAGAAAAUGAAGGUGACAGCGCAUUGGCAUUGGCCAUGGGCCAAGCUUCUCGAGGCAAGAAAACAAAGUUGAAAAAAGCUGCGUCGAAAUAUGCUGAUCAGGACGAAGAAGAAAAAUUGUUACGAAUGCAAGUGUUGGGUCUGAAUAAGAGUAAAAACAAGGACAAAAAACUGGUGGCAAGGCUGUCUUCUCCAGCAACAUCAAAUGCUCCAAGUGUCGAGGAACUUGAGAGAAGAAAACAGCAUCACCAGCAAGAUGUUGAAAAAUACUUGCUCGAUGACCAAGCUGCGACUGACCUUGCGCAGUAUUUUGAAACCAUGGAUGAGCUUGUGCCUAAACCAUUGGCCAGUGACACAAUUAUCGACUUGGUGCCUGUGUUUGCACCAUGGUCGGCGUUGCAGAAGUUCAAAUACAAGGUCAAGAUCCAGCCUGGCUUGGCAAAGAAGGGCAAGUGCACGAAUGAGAUUUUAAACUAUUUCACAUCGAGGAAAUUGGAUAGCAAGAAAACCGACACGGACUUGGACUGGCCUGAGGAAAGAGAUAUUAUCAACAGUUUGCGGCCCACUGAAUUGCUUGCAGUUUUUCCUGUAAAUAAGAUGAGACUCGUGUUGCCGCAAAACAAAAAGUGA